AUGGGUUCGGCUGCUGCUUUAACUACGGUUAUUGCAGUUGGACCCGGGAGGGGGCGGCGCCAGUUGCCGCCAACGCGCCAUGGGGUCCGUGGCUGCCGCGAGAUAUCUCCACUGAGCGCCACCGCCGGGUACUACCAACGGGCUGGGAGGUUGGGAAGAAGAGGGAAGCAGCCUUAUCUGAGUGCUCCGUGCUUCAGGAAGGGGAGAGGAGAGAACGAAGUUAUCGAUGAGUUAUUGAGGGAGGGGGCGGUGGAAGGCGGGGGACAUGAGGAGAAGGGGGACGGUGGGGGAGGGGAAGAAGACGGGUUACUUCUGGUAGAAGAGGAGGGAACGUUGGAUGGCAAGUGGCGGUUUCCGUGGGAGGGCCUGCCUCAACGUUACAAGCUCAUCGGUACCACGUCCCUUGCGUUCGUCAUUUGCAACAUGGACAAGGUAAUUUUUGUUGUUUGAAUAGAAAAUUUAUCGCCACAGAAUAAUCUUAGGGAUUUAAAGACUUUUUACAUGUCAUUCCGGGAAUCAGGUCCUCUUACUGUUCCACAUUUUCUGGUACUAAAUAAAAGGGUGAUCUGAAAAGUAUCAGAAGCACGCCAUUGUUACGAUGGAUAAAAUCGAGGAUGUGGAGAAUGGAACAGGGUCAAGUUUUCAUGCUGCAGGAGUACCUGUAUAUAAUGACACAUGAAAAGUGGAGUUGGGGCUUGGGGGUGGGGAGGGGGGGGCUGUGAAGAUUUAUGGAACGACCAGAACGACCUGUGUAAGAUAGGCCCAAUUUUCCUUUCUCUUUGGGUACCCAAAACGUUCAGUCAGGUUGGAUAAAUACUCACUCUGCUCUGCGUAUCCACGUCGGGUACGCCCCACAUGAAUAUGUGGGUCUUCAUUUUUUUUGUGGUGUAAUGCAAUAUUUAGUUUCAUUGGAGUAAUUCUCAAUGCUCUCUGGUUGGAAGUAGGGUGAGUAAUUUUUGUCUCAACAUAAUGUGUGCUUCCCCGUGGGUAUCUGUUCCCGAUUUAUUCUGCGUUAUAAUUUGUCGUUUGAUAGGAUAAGCAGUAAAGCAGCCAAAAUCUAAUGUUAUUUCCGAUGGUACAGAAUACGAUUCAUCAUCUGAUAUCUUAUACAUUUGUAUUUUGGUUAGUAGAAACCAUAUACGAACUUUAUUCGAGUGAUUUGGCUUUCAACAUAAAAAAGAUUGACCUUAUGCUAACACGUGAUUGGACAAACCCUGGCAUAAAUCAGGCUAAAUUCACCCGUGAUGUGAAGCUCAGAACACGAGUAGAACCAUUAAGUUUUAAUGGAUAAAUUCCACGAAUUUCAAACCCACCUCUAGCUAAUUUAUUGAUAAAGUAAAAAUAAGAAGAAUUCAUUGAUCCACGACUGUAGUGAGCACUCACUCAUGCUUCUCAUAAAUUUUCUAGACCUUUUGGAUGGUUCGCUCGGGAACUAUAUUCAAAUUGUGAAUAUGGUUUAAAUAUUGAACAAUACAAAGGCAACUAUUCUUUUAGAUUUUUAAAGUGUUGUCCUAUGGAAGUGACAAAAUUCCUCUACCUGUCAGUUUGACCAUGCUUCCUAAUCUUAUUUUAUGAUGAAUUUGAGGUGGUCUUCUCAUUCCUCGAGUUCAGGUGCUUGUAUGAACGAGAACUUAAUAUCAUUUUCGUGUGAUCUCUGCAAAUCUUACCAUCAAUAAUCUAGAGAUGCAUGUGCUUCAUUAUCCAUGUCGUUGUCUUAGAACAUCAAAUUGCAUAGUGUUGAACUACUGGGAUUACUCCAAUUUCAGAACCUAUUGAGUCUUAUGCACUAUCUUUCAAUUUUCAUCACACCUCAAUAGUGUUCCGCAUCAGAUGCCAAUGUGUACUAAUUAAAAUACAAAUCCAUGAAGACAGAGCAUAAUAAAGGAUAUGAUGUCAUCCAAUGAACAAAAUGUAUAAAUAUUUCAUUUUCAGGAAGGACGAAGCUAGCUGUAUGAGCAAGCAAUAGCUGGUUAUGGACGUUGUCAUAUUUUUGUUUGCUUAUUUAAAACCGGCCAUGGAUCUUUUAUUUUUAGUCGUCAUUUACAUGCUGUUAUUCAGGUUAAAAUUCUUAAAAAUAUGGUGCUCAACAUAAUGCAAAUGCGUUUAGGUCUCAGGUUUUGGGGGUACGCCUGAAGUUGGUUUUCUUGGUACUCAAUUUGACAUGUUUAUAGAUCGAGACAUCUUUGAUCAGUGAAAUUCGAGGAAAAAAUAUACAUUUUUUAAUGCCAAGUGAAUUUGCUGACUUACAAUGCCUUAAAGAUGGAAGACAAAGCCCAUAAGACAUCUGGAAGUAUUUUUCUGUUUUAUUUCCUUCAAAAUUUUCUUUUUCAUAACCUUAUUUCUGAAUGAUUUUAUUUUUCUAAGGUAUCCCGUGGUUGACCACACAUACAUUGUAAAGGCAAUGCAGUAAACAUAAAAAUCGGGACUCCAUUUAGUGGACGCGUUUCAAAAUGUAUACUGCAUAUGAAUUUUUCAGGAGGUAUACAGGUGUGCAUAGUUUUUCUGGCUCUACCUGUCUGCAUGUUGAUUUGAGAAUGAUGUCGUUGAUGCUAUGAGUUUAUAUAAAUAGUACAAACGAAGGAUAGAAUCUAGAGGAAAUAUAAUAACAGGGUGUGCCCAUGAAGAAUGGAAGAAAAAAGAAAUAGAGAGAAAAUCAAGGAAACUGAGAGGGAGAGCAGAGAGAAGUGUCAUUUGAUCAAGGCAUGCAAAAGUGAUGAGAAUAAUGCUAGGAGAACAAAUCACAAGAUUGGAAUUGUUGAAACUUAUUUCUGUGAACAAAAAAUGAAUUUCAGCAGUUGGGUUAGUGAAAGCAAGGAAACAGAAGAAAGUGACUACAGAAAGGAAGGCAAAUAAAAGAAAUGAAGAGUAUGGCUGUGGUUUCAGAGAAUGGGAAGUGAGAGAACACGAGGGAAAUAAAAAACUAAACAUGGCUGGCCUUCCACACGUUCCUCCUCACCCCAGAAAAAUGAGAAAGCCUUCGUGUUCAGAAUACCGCUCGUUGUACCCCUGUUUUGCCCUUCCUCCAAGGGGUUGUUGUGUAGCAAGUGCGUAAUGUCUAUGCUUAAAAUGUCAAGCAUCUUGUCUCAUCUGAAUGCAUACUAGGUAUCUAGGCCUUAUUCUGAAUGAAUGUCGACUUCUGAUUCCACUUUUUCUGUCCAUGAUUUCAAUUUUAUUUAUCUUUAAUUGGAGUGUACCUCGCGUUUCAGGUGAACUUGAGUGUGGCUAUCAUUCCAAUGUCACAUCAGUUUGGAUGGAACUCAUCAACGGCUGGUUUGAUUCAAUCUUCCUUCUUUUGGGGAUAUGCUCUAAGCCAAUUACCUGGCGGUUGGCUUGCAAAAAUUUUUGGUGGAAGGUUGGUUUUAACUUAUAGUAUCAAUGAUUAUUAUAGAAUAAACUGGGUAGGUUUUCAAAUAUUUUCUACUUAAUUUGUAUCAUUUGCAUCUGAUAUUGUUCAUCAGUCUUAACGUGGCUUCUUUGUCUGCAUAAAAUGGAAAAAAAAGGACUCUUUAGUGGUGUUAUAUUGACAAGAGUGAAUUUGUUUUUUGGUAGGCAUUUUUGUCCUGAAAUUAAUUUAUGCAAUCUCAAUUCGAGGCUUUUUUGUGUGUUGAAGACAAACUGAAUGAAGACAAUGUGAGAGUCCUGAUCAUGUCUUUUCCUGAAAUUAUUCUCCUAGAAAGUUAGAAAUAUUUGUUUUUGCCCACCUUAACCCUUUCAUGUGGCGUAAACCUAAAAUAGAGUAAUGUGUUCUCUCAGACCAAAAAUUCUGGUUAGUGACUUUCAUUGGACUAUUAUCUCAAUUUGGACUUUUUUUUGAAGUAUUCUAGGGAUGCUAAAAAUCUUCUUAUUUAUUGCUGUUUUAAUUGUCAUAUUUUUUGCAAAAUUCUAAUUCUAAUUUUCUUCCUUGCACGUUAUUGCUUAAAAAAUUGCCUUUUCGAUUAAUAUGUGAUUCUGUUUACGUUUUCUUAUUUACAUUGGUCAUAAUAUGAUAGAGUCUGGCAUUCAAGUAAAACCUUAAACCUUAAGACUUCUUGUUGUUUUCCCUGGAGCUUAAUGGGGAUGCGUUGCCAGUUAUCUUUUAAUGGAUACUUUUGUGUUCUUUAAAUGCGUGUGCUUAGAUUAAUAAUUCUGGACAAUGUGGUUUCCCAGUCAUUUGUCGAUUUUGAUUUUUUUCAUAUAUUUCUAGUUCAAUACAACUUCUUGUUAUAUUGAGAUCAGUUCUUGUCUUUCUAAUGUAGGAAAGUCCUCGAAGUUGGAGUACUAUGUUGGUCCUUGGCUACAAUGCUUGUUCCUCUUGUGGCUGGGUUUAUGCCUGGACUUCUUCUGUCUAGGGUUUUGGUAUGUAUUUAAGAAACCAAAUGAUUCUCCUUUGUGUUGAAUGGUCUUUGUAGCCAGUAGAUCAACACUCCAGUCCUGUAGUUAAAACAGAUUUCCAACAAUGGUUUGAAUUACCGUUCAGUAUCUUUUGCGCAAAUGAAACUUGUCCAUUCUUUUUCAAAAUGUACCUUUGUUCUUUUCUUGGACUUAUCAUUACCUUUAUGACAUCUUUUUGAUAUCUUAAACAAUUUUUUGGAAAGAAAAUCUCCUAGCACUUUUAUUGAAAGAGGUUCACGUUGCUUUGAUAUUCCGGUAGAAUUAUUGCGGUUCUAGUCCACCAGUACGCAGAAUAUUAAAGGAAUUGUUGAACCUUAUCCUGACAUAGCUUUCUUUAUUAUCAUUUCAUGUGCACCAUAUUUAUGGCACAUGCUUGCACCUGCAAAGAUGGGAACCCUGUAUAAAAAACCAGUAUUACACUAUACAUUGAUUUAACAAUAAAAAAUAUAUUUUAUUUAAAAACAUGGACUAAAAUUUCAUGAUUUAAAGUUUAAGAAGAAGUUUUUCUGAGACAUUUCGGGGCCAUGCUUCCAACAAGUUUGAGAUUAUGGACUUGUUUAUCUUUAUGGGAAUCUUUGGAAGCUUUCCCAGCUAAGAAAAUGACUCCUGCUCUUGAAUGAGAUUGUGUCUAUUGUCCAUUCCACCAUUAUUGUAUAGUAUCUUUUUUAUCAUUAUAUGAAAAAAAUUGCAUUAUGAAAUGAAGGUUCAUUAAAGAGCUUAUAAGUCGAAAACCUUGAAUACGAAUAUUUUCUAACCACAUUAUGGACAGGCAUUAAGAGGUUAUUCAUCAUUUUCAUAAUUGAAAAAUAGUAUGAUGUAAGAGGUGAUUCUUCAGUUCUCACGUCUGGUAGAUAACGAAAUUCAGUGGAAAAAUCCUUGUCUGUGUUCGUUUGCAACAGGCAAAUAGGAGGGCAAGACAUUUUGGCGUUUAGUCACGUCGCAUUUCUUGAUGGCCUUAUAUGUCAACUUCAUGCUCCUUGCUAAGGAUUAGUUUACUACUACGAAAUUUAUAAAGGUUCCACAGUCUCAUGAAAACUUAUUGCAAAAUGAAGGAUAUUGGUAAGGACUACACUAAAUGGAUAUUUUCUAAAAAGGCUCAUGUAUGGAAUGACAACAUUAUUUAUCUAAAAAAACUCAUGUAUUGGAUGACAACAUUAUUUAUCUGAUCUUUGAGCUUACUAAAUGUGCUUCAUUGUUCAACUUAGGUUGGAAUAGGUGAGGGUGUUUCUCCAUCUUCUGCAACUGAUCUUAUUGCCAGGUAAUAAUACAUUAAACUGGUUUUUUUUUUAUGAAUUUAUUUUUCUGUAAUGUCACAAAUGACUGCAGAAAUAUUUGCUUUUUAUAAAAUCUUCAAUCCGAUUCUUGGAAGCCUGAUAUCUCUUGUUUACGUCUUUGAAUGUCAGGUUGCAAAGUGCCUUUGCUACCCCCUCACUAUGUUUGAGUUUUGACCUGAUCAUCAAAAGCAUUGGAAGCUUUAAACCAUUUUAUCUUAACUGUUGCACUUUUCAUUGUGACCGAAUGUCUCUCUGUUCUGGAGAUGGCGAAAUUGACGGUUUUAAACCAUCUAAUUAGAUAAUAAUUGAUGAGAUAGGGGAACAGAGCUUUUUAUUUGUGGACCCAAAAAAAUUAUUUGAUGAAAAUUAAAGCUAAGAAAAUGGUGUAUGAAAGAAAUGAAUGAUCAAUCAGUGCUCUAGAUGGUCAGAAAAGAAGGGCUCCCUUAGUAGAUCUUCCAGAAGUUCAAAUCUUGUGACUGAAGGAGAGUAUUGACCAAUCUCAUGGCAGGUUAUAUUUAGAUGAAGUGUAGGAUCAGAAGAUGAAAUGUCUUUUGUGAACUUCAUUCUCUUGUCUAUGGAGGCCUCAAGGAGAGCGUCUAUUUGUUUUAACUGUGUUCAAGCGUCUGUUGAUAAUCCAGGAGCAAAAUCGGUGUCUCAAUGGGGAUGGCUGAUAGAGAGCGGUUGACAUUUUUCAGUUUUCUUUGUUCCUCAAUUGGCAUAUGCUUGAGGCAGUGAAAGAAAAUCGGGUUAAGGUUGUGUAGUUAUGAUAUGAUUCUGAUCUAGGUUAUGUGUGCUGCUAAAUCCAUUUCAUUUCUUCAAGGUCUGGAUUUUGGACCAGAAUGGCCACAGGCAAUUCUGGUUCCUGUUCUAGUUGUAGACAUAUACUUAGUGGUUCAACUGAUUUCUUGGCUGGUGUUGGAGGAGAAGGAGAGGGAGAGGUUGAGAGGGAGGAGAGAAGGAAGGGAAAUUGACAAGAAUAGAGAAGUAUGAAGAGGGCUUAGGGAAGCAUGUUGGGCAUGGAAAUUGGGGCCUUGGAAAACAGCAGUGGUAGGGACAAAAACAUUGCUUAAUGGCCAUUGAUGCCUUCUGUGAUCUUUGUUUCUCAUAUCUCUGCCAUUGAAUAGGAACUGCAACCUAUCCAGGAAAGGGAUAAUUGGUUUAGAGAGAGUGAUAUUGCCCAUCAAUUCAGUUCGAUGGUUGAUUAUAAGAACUCAAUAUAUUUUUUGAACUUUCCAAUUGUUCGGCAUAUCCUUUCAUCAUCAAGAGAUCUUGUUUGCCAUGUUUCAAUUUUGCAAUGUAUGUAUUUCAAGAAUAUGGAUAUAGUCUUUCUAACAUAAUUGAAAUCAUUUGCAGGACUAUACCAUUACAGGAACGCUCAAGAGCUGUUGGCAUUGUUUUUGGUGGUUUGAGCAUCGGGAGUGUUUUGGGGUAUGCCUGCUAAAAAUGUGAUUUUAUGUGAAUUUUGGAUGCGCUCAGAUGAAAUAUGCCGAAUCUUUUCUUAUGACCCCAUUAGAAAAUUAGGCAUUCUUUCUGUGGAUGAUAUAUCCUCUGUCUUAACCACUUAUUGUUCUUUUUGUAUCACAUUUCAACAUCUGUAUCCAUUUUUCUAUUUCAGCCUUUUCCUAGCUUUUAUGAUUUCUCUUCAUUUUAACUAUACCUACAUGCGACUAUUGUUUUCAUCAUUAAAAAAAAUCCCAUGUUAAGAUGAUCUUAAUGUAGAAAUCUUGUGUGCAACACUGUUAAAGAAUAUAUAUCUUGGAUUUUUGGAUUUAGCUUGCCAAUUAUCUAGGUCUUCGUCCUCGAGCUUAUCAUGGUCACCUUUGUUUCCAAGCCCUUUCUUGACUGUCAAAAUGACUUUUGAUCUCAUUGAAUAUUAAAACAUUAUGAAUUUCCUGAUAAACCAAGCGUUACAAACAUUCUGAGGGAGUGAUGGCAUGGCAUUUUAACUUGGAUUUAUUCCUUGAAUCGCUCAGCACUGAUCCGAUCUCGAAGAAUCAUAAUAAAAUGUUUGUAAUGCCCAAAUUUCUUGAAAAGACUAUUGUAUUUGAUCAGCAAAAAUCGUCCGCUUGUGGAGAAAGUUUUCUCUGGAUAAAAAAAAGGAAAAUACAUAUAUAAAUGUAUCCAACCAUUUUUACGAAAUAAGAAGAUACCUGUUCUACUAAAAUGGGUUGAUUCUGGAAACCCGAAAAACAGCCCGCUUAAUACCCAGGCUGCUUGAUUAGACCAAAUUCGGAUUGAUUUUUUUUAUAAAGCAACAGAAUGAAAACUUGCAUCUCCGUGGCCCCUGCUCCCAUAUCGUCUGAUCGGGAUUUUAGUCGCUGAUUAUUAACUAUGGUUGCUGAGAUGCAGUUUUAGUAAUCACAGAAUCUGCUCUUAUGGUGCAUGAAGCUACUUGUAUUGAUUCCAGAGAUGGACACAUGGGUUCUUAGACCCAAGGAGUUCCAUGUGCCACAGAUAAAACAGCGAUCUUUUAGAGUUAGAGGUUGGUUCAUUAGGAUCUGGCUAGCAUAUUCUCUAAACUUGUGUUUUUCUCUUGGACUCUGAUACAAGCUGGAGUAUGAAAGCAGUAUUAAUUUCAACAACAGCCAGUGCUUAGAAGAAUUUUGGUAAAAUGUGGCAAUCGUGUCAAGUAGGUGUCCUUUUAUACAUGUUGAACUGAUGAUUAUUUGAACCUUGAUCAUUCAUAAAAAUGGAGGUUUGGCGAAAAGUCAGGAGUGUACACAAACAUACAUUUUGUGUAAACCAAUAUUGGCUUCUUUGUAUAAUUUUCUUGUGGCACUGUUUGACUGACAUUAAUGUGUGUCUGUGUAGGUAUGGACGCACUUAUAAAGCAAUCUUAGCCUCUUAACUUUUCACAUGCUCUCUUGUGCCCAUGUUCAACUAUGACAAAUUAUCCUCUGCUAAUAAUGAUAAAUGCAGAGAUAUUUUACUUAAGAAAACUUUUAUCAUGGCCUUCCAGCGACUUUUUACCAUAGCGUUUUCUGAGUACUUGUUUGUCACUGUUCUAAAAUUGUUCACAGGCUCCUCUUUGCUCCUCCAAUUAUCCAAAACUUAGGCUGGGAGUCUGUAUUCUACAUAUUUGGACUUGUUGGGUUACUUUGGUAAGUGGCAGCCAAUUUACUGAAUUUUCAGUUUCAUAUGAUUUCAUGUAUGACGUCAUUACUUUCUUAGCCUCGACUUGUGACAUUCAGUAAUGACUGAAUUCCGAAUCCUGUCGGCCUAAAGUAUCCUUGUCAUCUGAUGUUUUGUGUACUUGAUCUCAUAGUCACUUUGAUUUAGGAUUUUGGACUUCGAGUUGAAGCACCUCCUAUACUUUAGUCGCGAUAAACCCUCUUUCUAUGAGUUAAUAGCACCAAAGACUUGUAAAAUCCAUCUAUCUAGGAAACUUUUCUGAAGCUGGCUUUUGGUGGAAAUAAAUUCACUAUAAAAUGUGCAAUGAUUUUUUUCUUAAUCCUGUGAAGGUGUGGAGGGUUUGAGCUUGUUAAAGGACAAUCAACGGUUGAUGAAGCAUUCGCGUCCAGUAAGUAUAUCGUUUGAAGACGAUUAUGCUUCUCUUAAUACGUAUUUAUUACGUGCUAUUCUUGGUCUUUGUUCUACGAUCCAUAUUAUGACCCCAAAUUAGUAUUAUGUAUUAGUUAUCGUACAUCAUGUCAGAUCAUUAGAUCUCUGUACAUCUGUGCAUAUGUAUGUAUAGUUGUCUUUAAUUAAAGAGCUAUUAUUUUUUGGUUCUCACGUACUUAUUUAUAAUCGUACAUCUGUGCUUUUAUCUGGCAUACUAUUGCAUGAUCUACAUAUGGAUAAAGGUGGGAAAAGUCCACAUGACGGGUUCCUCUUGGUCCAUUUCCAUCCGGUUUGAGCCCAAAAAUGUGAAAGUGUAUCUGCAAAGCUGGGCCAUAUUCAAUUUUUGCACUUGGAGCGUCACGUUUUCAUUUUCUCAUUUUAAUAAAUUACAUUGGAAAAAGAUCCUGUUUGAUUUUGAAAUUGUGGAAAUAGUGAACAAGCUAUUGAGUGAGUACUUACAGUUUCCAUGCUCUCAUAGUUUUCGCAAAGAUUACCUCGCAGAAGUUACUGGAAUGCAAGAAUCAAGAAAUGAUAAUGUUUAUAAUCCUUCUUCAAAACGAAGAGAAAAGAAGCAGGCUUACCCCGAAAUAUAAUUUUUGAACACCUUGUACUGUAAAUCAGCACUAAUGAUAGGGUUUUCCUAUGUUGUAGAAUUAGUAGAGUAGUUUGUAUUUUGUAAUUCUAUGAUAAUUUAUUAUACUGUGAAAAAUGUAUUUCUUAGGUCCAAGAGGAAGGCCCAAUUAUACGGUAGCAACUCCUUCAUUAACAUCUCCUGACGAAUUGAGAACGCAGAAUGCAUCCAUCAAAGAGUUGGGAGACUCACUGCAGGUAUACUUCAAUUCUGGAAUGAUAAAUUCCGGUUCAUAACUCUGAGCGAGUGUCUAAUAUUCUAGCGGGAGAUUUGAUUGACCACAUAUUGAAAAAUAUAAACUGCACUCGUUGACACUCAAAGCUACAUCCCGUGAAAUAAAGAGCAAGCAUUAAAUAUCCACUUGGUGGUACUUAAAAUAGUUUUUGGGACAACUUUAGUUGUGUUAUCCACCGACGUUCCUGUUUUGAUGCAUGUGUGGUGGUCUCUAACUGUGGAAAUAUCUGCAUGCUGUGAAUCUCUUCCAGUUAAUUUUUCUGAUCAUACCUGUAGUUAGAAAAAGAUAAAAGAAGAUAACAAGGAGCGGGGGAUGACAUGGCAAAAAGGCAGGUUCAUCAGCUCCUCCCAAUUAAAUUAUGAAUUGAGCCACCCUAGGAAGAACAUGGACAGUAAUGCUCCUAUUAUAAGGGACGCUAGAGAUAAAACAGAAUAGUUGAUGAUUAAAGGAAAGACGCAUGCAUUCAUCUUCGCAACUGUACCAAUUACAGUAGGGAAUAAACUAACAGGAGGACAAUCAUAUAAUCUUCAGGUCUCUAGAAACCAUCUGUUGCAGAAACUAGGCACGGCUGUAAGUAACAUAAGUUUUGAUUUAUUUUGCUUAUUCACACCACCGCAAGUGCUUGGUCUUUUCACUUGAAAUUAUCCCAUCUUAAUGUAAAAAAUAAACCUAGAAAUCCUGAAAAACUGCUCAAGUAAAAGAUGUACGAAUCUUGUUUUAGGUAGUGAAUCGAUGUCUUUUUUUUUGUGCUUCCAGUCUAUGCCUUCUUUCCUACUUAUUAUCUGAUAUGUUCGUUAUGUGGUAGGAUGUACCAUGGAAGGCGUUCUUUAAAAGUCCUGCUGUAUGGGCAAUGAUAUAUGCUCAUUUCUGUGGAAGUUGGGGCCAUUACACUUGUCUAUCCUGGCUCCCCACAUUUUUCAGGUACAAGAUCUGUAACCAGUCCUCUUGGAGUAAUUUCAAAUUUUGGACUAUGGUCAUUGUUUAUUUUUUAAAUUUUUUCAUUGAAGUUGAAGACAUGGGUUAGGAUUCCUUGUCUUUUUCUAGCACUUAUCAAACUUUAAACGUUAGGGUCUAUUCUGUGUGAUGCUUUGUACAAGAAAGAUGACAGACUUUCUCGUUAUAUUUAAUAAAUGCAGUGAGGAGCUGAACCUGAACCUGACAGAAGCAGCAUGGGUAAGUCUUCAAAUAGCACACUGUGUAACUAUCGAUCGAUUGAGGUGACGAAAAUGAUUUGAAUUGUUAUUUUUGCGAGGGAAAAUAAAUUAAUUAAUGCACUUAUGAAGAAAUAUAUAUUUUUCCUAAAUAACCCUUCUUUUGAGAUGCUUCGGUGGCAUAAAGGAGACACUGGAUUAAACCCCUGGGAAUCUUGUUGUCCCUCUUUUAAUUGAGGUGAUUUGACAAAGUGUUCCAACGCAAGGCAUCCUUCCUGAACUGGCCUAUUUGAACAUUCACAAGGACAAGGAAAACCAGAAAAUUAUAAAAAUUGGGAAUAUAUGAAAAAAUUGAAACUAAUAUAAGGAUAAGCUAUUUUGAUUUUUUUAUGUCUCUCCUCUGCAGUAUAAAUGCAAUAUAUCAUGUUGAAGACUCUUGUUAAUGUCAUGGUGGUGUUCCCAGAUACCUUUGUUAACUUUUGCAUCAAUCUUAUGAUCGGAUUUUUUCUUUCAGGUUACCAUUCUACCCUCCUUGGGCUCAAUUCUUAUCACUUCCAUUGCAGCGACAUUUGCUGACAACCUGAUCUCACGCGGCGUUGAGACAACCACGGUACUGAUCUGUAGGCUGAAAGAAUUUUGUGUUUUAUUUAUCUAAGAAAAAUGCAAAGGUCGUCUUGUUCAAAACCCAAUUAUGAAUCUCUUCUCUGCCACUUCACAACUCGGAGUGCACUGUUCUUAUAGAGAUAAAACCACUUUCAUAUCUUCCUAACCCGAAAUGAAAUGAGGAAGUUUCUUGCUCAUUUGACGCUAAAUUAAGAAUCUUCCCUCUCACUUAUGAAACAGGUUAUCGCUGUUCAUGAUGACACUAGCUUCAUGAAGAGUGAAAAAGAUUGUGGUAUGCGAUAGUUUCUUCCUGAUGAUAUGUAGAAAUGGACUAAAUUUUAGAGCCAGUUUACAUUAUCAGCCUCCCCAAAUUUCUGACGAAAAUGGAAACAAUCCAUUAGAGAAUUAAGCGAGCUGUGCUAUAUUUUGGGGUCCUCAUCUGUUUUGGGUAUUCCAUUGCUCUCAGUUCCUUCCUCAUUAGACUACAAACACUUUUUUUGCGUGUUUGAGGUAUCAACCCUCAUAAUUUGUGCAUGAUGGUUAUAGAUAUGAUGGAUGGUCGAAGGGGCUGGAGUGACAGGUCACAAUCAAUGCUCCAGAAGCUAUUUAAUAGGGAUUCGAAUGGUGAUGCUUCAAAAUAUUAUAUUUGUAUUCUUCUUGUAUUGUGGCAUCAAGUAACUGAUCAGGAUAUAUAUCUGUUUUAUAGUGUUUAUUUUUCCAAUGUAAAUACUUAGCAUUUCAUUCCUGGCAGUGAAUGAAGAGGGAUCCGAAAACACCAAUAUGAGAAAAAAAUUAACAUUUCGAGUCAUAUCUUGUAUUCAAAAUUUGGUACAUAGGGGUAUGGCACUCUUAUGUUACUUUGCUCUGGCAUUCAUUGAAGUACAUAGACAUGGAGCAAGCCUUAAACAUUCAAAUGAGAAAAAAAAAACACAAUUUAUUCGUCUUAUCUUGGUACCUAAAGUCUUAACCUAAUUUAGUACAUUAAGCUGUUGUGGUUCUAUGUGACAUCCUCUCUCUCUCUCUCUCUCUCUCAAGAGUUUGUCUUAACGAGUAACGUUAGGCACAACAUUUUCCUAUGAAAUCCCAUGUACACAGAUAGACAUUGUACCCCACUUGAAAUCUUUGCUUCUCAAUGUAGGUACGGAAAAUCUGCCAAUCGAUUGCCUUCAUAUCUCCCGCAGUCUGCAUGACUCUAUCCUCCUUGGAUUUGGGGCUACCACACUGGGAAGUCGUGGCAUUCCUCACGGGUGGUCUAGCCCUUUCUAGUUUUGCUCUCUCUGGUAACCCACUUGAGACCCAUUUAUUUAUAUAUAUAUAUAUAUAUAUAUAUAUAUUGUUGACCUCCUGCCUUGACCUAUGUUCUUUUCUAUUUCAGGGCUCUAUUGCACCCACCAAGACAUCUCACCUGAGUAUGCUAGCGUACUUUUGGUAGUUUUCUACUCUAUCUCCUCCUAGUUUCGAUUUGAUCUACGUUUUAUUUGAUAACAUCUGAUUAUUUUUUCUUUUUUUUCAGGGAAUUACUAACACAGUAGGGGCUGUACCCGGGAUAGUUGGCGUUUCUCUGACUGGGAUUCUACUUGAUUCAACUCAUUCAUGGAGCGUAAGCCCUCUAACGGCGUUUCUAUUCCGCUUAAUCACUAGCUGAGGUGAUGAUUAUAUCUUAAUUCAUACCUUCCUGUUUUUUUCUCUCCAUGCAGCUGGCAUUAUUUGCUCCAUCAAUAUUCUUUUAUUUGACCGGCACCGUUGUGUGGUUGACAUUCGCCAGUAGCAAGCCCCAGAGCUUCUCCAAGGGAUGAUAAGUUCUAGUUCUUUACACCGAGUAGCUUCCCCUGUUUUUUCUUUCUGAAGCGAUCGCCAGCCAAUGCAGUAAGAUAGGUUUUUUUUUUCUUUUCCUUUUAUAUAAUGUAAUUUAGAAAAUUUCCCCCUUUGGGUAUUUCUCUAUAUGGUGGUGGUGUACAGAUAUGAGGGGAAGAAAAUGUAGAUGGUGGUGUAUAGAUGUGGUGAGAGAUAAUUCCAUGCAUUUCUCCAUAUUGCCAUGCUGA